AUUUUACAUGCUAAUAGCGAAAAUACAAAGAAAAAAACAAUACUACCAUUUAUUGUACAUGCCAAUUUUCGACAAAAAACAAUAACUAAUACUAUUACUAUAAUUAUUUAUUUAUUUAUUCACUAUUUACUACUAUUAUUAUUAUUAUUUACAACUAUUAUGACCUAUUUAUCUACCUAUUUUAUCUAUUUAUCUAUCUAUUUUAUCUAUUUUACAAAAAUACAAAGAAACUAUUUUACAUGCCAAUUUUCGACAAAAAACAAUAACUUAUACAACAAAAAUACUACUAUUACUAUAAUUAUUUAUUCACUAUUUACUACUAUUAUUAUUAUUAUUAUUAUUAUUUUCGACUAUUAUGACCUAUUUAUCUACCUAUUUUAUCUAUUUAUCUAUCUAUCUAUCUAUUUCAUCUAUUUUACAUGCCAAAGUCACAUGGGAACAAAAAAG